GCGACAUCCUCGGCCCCUCCAUCAGCGGCCUGGACUCUCUGAUCCAGAUGCCGUACGGCUGCGGCGAACAGAACAUGAUCAACUUUGCUCCCAACGUCUACGUCCUGCAGUACCUGAGCGCCACGGGACAGGCCGACCAGGACACCACGGACCGAGCCACGCGCUACAUGCUGACAGGUUACGAGCGGGAGUUGACCUUUCAGAGGAAGGACGACUCCUUCAGUGCGUUUGGAGACCGGGACUCAUCUGGAAGCACCUGGCUGAGCGCUAUGGUGCUGAGGUGUUUCCUGCAGGCGCGGUCGUUCAUCGCCAUCGACGAGCACGUGCUGCAGGGAACGGCGGCCUGGUUGGGAUCCCAGCAGGGGGCCGACGGGAGCUUCGAGGAGCACGGCCGGGUCAUCCACACAGAGCUGAAGGGAGGCCAGGCCAGUGUCGUCUCCCUCACAGCCUACGUCCUCAUCGCUCUGCUGGAGGACGACAGCGUCAAGGCUCAGUAUGGGAGUCAGGUGUCUUCAGCGUUGAUGUACCUGGAGACUCGUCUGUCUCUGGGAGUCGUCAGUAACUACAGCCUCAGUCUGCUCGGCUACGCUCUGGCUCUGUCCGGCAGCUCCAGCGCCGCCACGGCGGUCAGUCAGCUGAUGGAACGAGCCGAGACGAUCGGUACGAGCGUGAAACUUAAAAUGAGAGAGUCAGUCACGUCUGCAUUAAAGGUUCAGUGCGUAAGAUUCAGGUGUUGUUGGAAACUGAAUAUAAAAUAA